CAUCCAUGGAGACGAAACAGCACCGCACGGGCUCGCUCACGGCCUUUGCGCAUACAGCUAGCAGCGCACCCACACGGCCACACCCCCAUAUAUCUCUCACUCCUCCCUGCCGGAGCUCCUACCCGAUCUCGGCCUGGGCCCAGCCUUCUCUUCUCCGGCAAUCGAUCCGGCUGAUCGAUUGAGGAGGCCGGGCGGCGGCACAUAUGGAUCGCGGUGCUGAUGAGCAGAACGGCGGCGACGCGGCGGAGUGGAAGAAGGUGGCCGACCUGAGGGUCGUCGUGGAGGCUCAGGACCCCGCUGCCAAGAACACUGUUUUCCCAUCUUCUGGGUUCACAAGCUGAGGGCCGUGGUCGAGGCCCAGGACGCCGCUGCCAAGGUACCAUCAUCUCCUUCCUCCUCACCAACUUCUCUCCCUCCUUGUCCGCGAUCGGCUAGCUUCUUGGUUCAGUUGGCUCCCAUAGCAUGCAGCUCACACGCACCUCGCUUCACAGAACUCGUUUCCUCUCAUGGCAAUCAGCCAAUUCACACACACUGAUGAGAUCACAGCUCCACUUGUGUUGCACCUUCGAGUACGUACAUGGCUAACCAACGGACACCGAGCCACUAGAAGUAUUCAGGUUAGGAUACACGUGUUGACACCAGGUUUUAUCUGAUCCACACUGCUGGUCAAGUCGAUCCGGGUGGUUGCCGGUCGCUUUUGGCGUUGAUGACGUGAGACGGACACGCUCUUCUCGUCAAAGCACAGGACCAGCUACUGCCAUGUGCCACCCAUCCUCUCUUCGGUCCGAGCUACCUACGCAGACGUUGACAUACUACGGUUAACCGUAACAGAGCAAAUCUUUGAGGCCUCCUCGUCUAGUUCAUACCAUAGGAACACCGUACCGUAUGAAUAGAAAAAAUCAUAGAAAAUGAGAUGCCAUAUAUCUCAAUUCCUACAAGAAAAAAGGUUCAUAGGAUAACCUUUUUCCAGAUCUAAGCUAAUGUUUUUGUUUCUUUUAAAAAUUUGAAAUGUGAAGAAUAGGAACCAAUUUUACAUAGGAAUAAGAAUAGAUUCCUACAAACCAAAUGACUCAAAAAGAAAUUUUCCAACGAAAAUCCUAUCCUAUAGGAUAUAAUUCUACAAAAUUCCUCUAACCUAAGGAGACCUGGAUUUUUUUUGCUAUUUAAUUCUUCAUGGACGUAAAAUUCAAUUGGCCGCUCGAUCAAAUGAUCGGUCAUCUUUAUGUAGAACACUGUUUGCCCCAUCUUCUGGGUUCACAAGCGGUGCACAUAUUUUUAUCUAACAUAUCUCGACUAACAAAUGCAAGUUAUAUAUCACGACAAGCAUACCUUUAAACUACUGAUCCAAUUGAUGGUCAAAGUAAACAAGCUAAUAUAUUCUGCAGAAGGAAGGUAGUACUAUCUACUAAGCAUGUGCAGUGACAUUGCUUCCAUUUUUGAUACUUGCAUACAUACAUGGCACAUGCAUGCAGGAGGAAGACGACUUUGCUCUAUGGAGGUUCCUACGGGCCCGUGACCACAACAUCGACAAGGCAUCGGCGAUGUUGCUCAAGUACUUGAGCUGGAAACGCACCACCAAGCCACGCGGUUUCAUUACCGAUUAUGAGGUGCAAGGUGAGCUCGUGCAGGAGAAGCUCUAUAUGCAGGGCUUGGAUAAGAAGGGGCGCCCGCUAGUGUACCUCUUCCUCGCCCGCCACUUCCCCGCCAAGCGUGACCUCGAUGAGUUCAAGCGCUACGCCAUCUACAUCCUCGACAACACCUGCACCAGGUUGCACGCAGGGCAAGAAAAGUUUGCGGUGGUGGCGGACCUUCGGGGUUGGGGGUAUGCGAAUUGCGACAUCCGAGCAUAUGUCGCGGCACUAGACAUCAUGCAGAGCUACUACCCGGAGCGGCUGGGGCGGGUGCUCCUGAUCCAUGUGCCCUACGUGUUCAUGGCGGCAUGGAAGAUGUUGUACCCUUUCAUUGAUGAUAAGACCAAGGAGAAGUUUGUGUUCGUCGCCGACAGAGACCUCGAUGCCACGUUUCGUGACUCCAUCGACGAGUCCCAGCUGCCCGAGGUGUACGGGGGCAUGCUUGAGCUUCGGGGCUACAACGAUUUGUCGCCACCGUCGUCGUCCAAUUAACAAAGAUCGAAUAUAUGUAUAUGGGCGAGCGUAACUCACAUGGUUAGGUGUCUUCUGGUGUAACCAAUUUUGUACUGUGUUUAUGAAAAGAUGUUUGUGUACAGCAGCAGGUUAAUGAUUUGUGAACGUGCAAUGCAAUGCAUGCUGAAUGUUCAAAGA